AACUUAAGUUACUUAACGGACUUACGAUUUAAUCUUGAAUAAUUUGACAACUGCGGGUCUCGUUCAGCUACGGAUUCCAGUUGUUUACAUAUUUCAGCCGAAAAAUCUCCAAUAGUUCAAUGAAAAAAUGUACAGGUUUUUAACGAGCAAUAUAUGUGCACCUUCGAUAUGGAGUCGACGGAUAAAUUUUUCUGUAGUUGUUCCAUCCUCAUCAUUUCAUGAAAUCAGGAAAAACGGAUAUGAAGACAAAAACAGAAAGAAGGUCUCUCCACGACAGGCGAUACGUGAUGGUUUAAAAGAAUUGAAAAAAGAGAUAAAAAAUUGGACUGAAGAAGUAAAAGAAGGAUGUACACUUGAUCCCAUCAUGGGAAUGCCUCUCCCUGGGGAAGUGGACAUGCAGUGGUGUUUCAAUGAAAGUAUAGAUUUUGACCAUUGGGUUGUAACAUCUGACAGUGAUCAUAAUGAAGGGUACAGUACAUCUACCCUAAGUGUAAGUCCCACAGGCAAAGGCCUCUUUAGUGGCAAUCUUUCAACACAGCUAGUCAGGGAUGGAAAAGUAAAAAAAGCUGGUUAUUGUAAUUUUAAAUCCAUCCGACCUCAAAAAUCAUUCAAACGUGAUUCUUUCCAUAAUUGGAGUGGCUAUACACACCUUGUUAUGAGAGUGAGGGGUGAUGGAAGAAGUUACAUGAUAACCCUAGGAACCGCCGGCUAUUUUGAUGUUAACUGGAACGAUCAGUUCCAUUUUGCUCUGUAUACGCGAGGUGGUCCUCAUUGGCAAAUCUCUAAAAUACCCUUUUCCAAGUUCUACAUGACUAGUAGAGGACGCAUUCAAGAUAUGCAGGAGCCCAUGCCGCUAAAUAGAAUCACAAGUUUUGGAAUUACUGCAUCCGAUAAGAACAACGGUCCAUUCAGGUUGGAGAUUGACUACGUGGGGCUUGAGCUGGAUCCCUCUCAUAAAGAAACUUCUGCUUAUGAGCAGUAUAAAGUGCCGUAUUUUUAUGCAGACAACUUUAACCUAAGAAUGGGAACGCCACAAGUGGUAAAUUCCCAGCCACGGCUAAUGCGACCCGUUGUCAACCUGAAUUACAUGCCCAAUAACUUCAACAAUCAAGCGGGCUAUGGAUACGUCCAACAGUAUUCUGCUUCUGGUGUCAGUUAUCGGGCCCCUGUAUAUCAGCAUGUCCAUCAGCAUCUUUCAGAGGACUAUCAGCAACCAUAUGGUGCUCAGCUAGUUAACUACGUGCAGAUACAGGAUUCAGCACAAUUGCAAAACCCUCAAUGGUCACAGUCAGAUUAUUUUCAGUACUUAGAGGAGAGGGCCAGUCGUCCACAAGUGCAUUCCCAGCCCAACUACCAACCCUUGUCCAACCAGGUUGAUCAUUCAGCGAGAUUUUUACAAAGGACGGCAGCCAUUGCACCACCGUUUAUCCGUCAACCGCAAGUUAGAGCAAGUAACAAAUAUGUAGACAGCUCCAAUUCCUUUGGUUCGACAUCGGAUGGUAUGCAUAACCGUCAGCAGACUCAGAAUCGUUCACAGAACGUUAAAAUCCCCCGUAAGCAGAAUCAACCGAUGGCCAUGCUACCCCCACCGAAACCAGUUCAUCGUCGUGCAGAUCAGCCCGUGCAAAACUUGGCGAAGAAGCCAAAAACUUCCAUGGGAUCGCGAUCGGAAGCCCAACAGAAAACUCAGAUGAAAUCGAAUCAGGUCAAGCAGAACGAGUACAAGAUGCAGCCGGCACAGCAGAGCACCGUCAUAAAGAAAGAGCUAUAUUUGCACGUGGGUAAAGUUGAACGCGACCGCGCGUUGGUUGGAACGAUCCCACAGUUGUUCAAAUGGCGUUCGGCUCGGCACAGAUUCCCGCCAAUCUACGAGACUGUUGGAACAAUCGACGGAAGGCGGAACGCGGUAGACAAGAAACAAAAGAUUGAAGAUCAAUUUGUCGUCCGCAACAUGAAGCAGUGGAAUCACCAUACCGGCUCAUCGAUGAAAGAGUUGAUGGAAUGUGUCGUGUAUUCAUCCGUUCGUGGCCAGGCAAAGUUCUCCGUCGGGACGUGCGUCAGGAUUGUCGGUCGGUACAUUCCGGACAGUGAAAUGUUUCAUUGCCUUAAGAUCCGGCAAGCGACUGAAAGUGACUUGAACCAUUUGACAUGCAUAGUCAAAAGCUUGGCUGCCAGGUCAGUCUACGUGGAGCCCCUUUUGUCUAUUCCAAUCACUUCCGCAGUGAAUAACGAAGAACCAGAAGAAUCUACCAGUGAUUCGUAUGUACCUCCAGUUUCUGUGGCUGAAUCGGAUUUCCUCUUCCAGCCUUACUGAAAAAUACCCCAAAGAG